UAAAUAUCCAUGUAGGAAAUUAGGUUAUUUUUGGCCAUCUUUAAAAUGCCAUUGGUGAAUCGUACUUUAUCCUAAAUUCCUGCACUUCCUCAGGCCAUCUGAGCAUGAAAUACUGUCACCUACCCACACCCGCUGCCUGUAACACUUGUCACAGUGUUAUCUGUCCGACGCAUGCCUAGACCACCAAAGCACUCGGACUGAACAGUGUCACUGGAGAAGGCUGAGCGACAUGUCCAGGGCACAGAUCCCGGCUCUGGUGUUUGGUGUGGGAGGAUUUGGAGCUCUCGUAGCUGCCACGGUGUCCAAUGAGUGGAAAGUAACCACCCGCGCAUCCUCGGUGGUAACUGCCACUUGGGUCUACCAGGGUCUGUGGAUGAACUGCGCAGGUAACGCGUUGGGUUCUUUCCAUUGCCGACCGCAUUUUACUAUCUUCAAAGUAGAAGGUUAUAUCCAGGCAUGUAGAGGACUUAUGAUUGCUGCUGUCAGCCUGGGCUUUUUUGGUUCCAUAUUUGCACUCUUUGGAAUGAAGUGUACCAAAGUCGGAGGCUCAGAUAAAGCCAAAGCUAAAAUUGCUUGUUUGGCUGGGAUUGUGUUCAUACUGUCAGGGCUGUGCUCAAUGACUGGCUGUUCCCUGUAUGCAAACAAAAUCACAAAGGAAUUCUUUGAUCCGUUCUAUGUUGAGCAAAAAAUGGGAUACGUGUACAAUGGAGCCACAUCUGCCAUGUCUUCUCGGACGAAGUAUCAUGGCGGAGAAGAUUUUAAAACCACAAACCCUUCAAAACAGUUUGACAAAAAUGCUUAUGUCUAAAAGAGCUCUCUGCUGGCAAGCUGUGUCUUGAGUUUGUUGUGAAAAUGAACUGUUCACAAAAUGAUCCCAUCAAGGCCCUCCUAUAAUUAACACUGAAACUAUUUUUAAAAUACGAAUUUGAAGAAUUUGUUGAUUGUAUGAAUGUAAAUGUUCUUACAUCGUUGUAUACUAAUCAUUUUCUGUUGUGGCUUUCUAUAAAAAAUAAACUGGUUAUUUACAGGA